UGUAUGUAUGUAUGUAUAUGCAACUAGGUAUGUGUGUCGGUUCGCGCGCAUAUGGAAAUGUCUAUAGCUCAUAUGCCUAGGUGUGCGCCAAUAUAGUUUGUGUGGAUCCCGAGACGAGAACAAGCAGCACUAACCAAAUACGGCAAGAAAUGUGCUUAUAGUGAAUUUUUCAUAAAAAUUUAUAAACAAUUUCUGCAUCUCCACAGUACACGUUGAAAGUGAAGCGCAAUAAGAAAAAAUAAUAAUAAAUAAUUGCAUUAACGGUUCGAACAAUCAGAUUUAAACCGCAUCAUUGAUUAGUGCUGCACAGCGUCAACUCCUUAAUACCCAUAUAAAUAAGCUGUGACAUUCUACGCUAGUUGAUAGUCGAGAAGCUGCUUUGAUCUUGAAAAGUACUACAUCCAGCCGGUUGCUACACUUAAGCACUAAUCAAAAAAUAAAUAAAAUACAAAAUAAAGAUGAAGCUGCUGUUGUUUACAGUGUUGUUUAUACUUUUGGCGAAURUUGCGGAAAUUUGUUCCGGUUACUCAUGGCCCCUCGCGAAGGCCAUUAAGGGUUAUCAGCAAGGGGUUAGCGGCUAUUAUGGCACUGAUUAUGGCUACUACGGCGGCGCUUACAGUGGGCAUAGGCAAUAUGGCUACGAUCAAUAUGGACGUGAUAGGCGUGGCAAUAAUCGUCGCACUGGACGCACCUUUAGCGAUAUAGCACGUGUGGUCAAUCCGCAACCAUAUGCAUUUGUGGGCGCGAGGCCAUACCCAGGACAACCGUUCAAUCCGAUCGGAUAGUUAGAAAAAUGGCGCUGAUUUAGAUUAAAUUGUGUCUUGUGAUAUGAAAAAUGUGUAUUAAGAAAAUAAAGUGCGUAGUGCUUGAUAAGAAAAAUA